UCUUCCUGGGGCAGCAGCGAGGGCGACGCUCCCGUUUGGCGUGGCCGAGGCAGGUCCUUGCUCGGUGGUGCCGGGGCCCGUGUGCUGCCCGGGGCGGCUCAACCAUGCUGUGCUGCCUGCUGGUGAGGGCCAGCGAUCUCCCCAGCGUGAAGAAGGACCGGCGCAGCGACCCGGUGGCCAGCCUGACGUUCCGAGGGGUGAAGAAGAGAACCAAAGUCAUCAAGAACAGCGUGAACCCUGUGUGGAAUGAGGGCUUUGAGUGGGACCUCAAGGGCAUCCCCCUGGACCACAGCUCAGAGCUUCAUGUGGUGGUCAAGGACCAUGAGACGAUGGGGAGGAACAGGUUUCUGGGUGAAGCCAAGGUCCCUCUCAGGGAGGUCCUUGCCACCCCCAGUCUCUCUGCCAGCUUCAACGCUCCCCUGCUGGACACCAAGAAGCAACCCACGGGGGCCUCGCUGGUCCUGCAGGUGUCCUACACACCCCUCCCGGGAGCCGUGCCCCCUUUCCCCCCAUCAGCGUCUCUGGAACCUUCCCCAACUCUGCCUGACCUGGACAUGAUGGCCGGUGGGGGACAGAGCCGGGCCGAGACUUGGUCUCUGCUCAGUGACAGCACCGUGGACACGAGAUACUCUGGAAAGAAGUGGCCGGCCCCCACGGACACAGGAGAGGAGGACACCGAGGACCCAGGGCUCACGGGAGAUGAGACAGAGCCUUUCCUGGAGCAGAGCGGAGCCCCAGGUCCGGGGGCACCCGCCACCCCCAGGAAGCCACCUUCCCAUCCUCCUCCCUACCCCGGGAGCAGAAGGAAGAAGACCACACCCGCACCCAGAAGGGUGCUGUCGGACAAGCCACAGGACUUCCAGAUCAGGGUCCAGGUGAUUGAGGGGCGCCAGCUGCCAGGGGUGAACAUCAAGCCCGUGGUCAAGGUUACGGCUGCUGGGCAGACCAAGAGGACACGGAUUCACAAGGGAAACAGCCCGCUUUUCAGCGAGACUCUUUUCUUCAACGUAUUUGACUCCCCAGCGGAGCUGUUUGACGAGCCCAUUUUCAUCACGGUAGUGGACUCCCGUUCCCUCAGGACCGACGCCCUCAUUGGGGAGUUCCGGAUGGACGUGGGGACCAUCUACAGGGAGCCCCGACACGCCUACCUCCGCAAGUGGCUGCUACUGUCCGACCCUGAUGAUUUCUCUGCGGGUGCCAGAGGCUACCUGAAAGCCAGCCUGUGUGUGUUGGGGCCCGGAGAUGAAGCGCCUGUGGAGAGAAAAGACCCCUCUGAGGACAAGGAGGACAUCGAGAGCAACCUGCUGCGGCCCACGGGCGUGGCCCUCCGUGGGGCGCACUUCCGCCUGAAGAUCUUCCGCGCCGAGGACCUGCCCCAAAUGGACGAUGCUGUGAUGGACAAUGUGAAGCAGAUCUUUGGCUUUGACAGUAACAAGAAGAACCUGGUGGACCCCUUCUUGGAAGUGGGCUUUGCAGGGAAAAUGCUCUGCAGCAAGAUCCUGGAGAAGACGGCCAACCCACAGUGGAACCAGAGCAUCACGCUGCCUGCCAUGUUCCCCUCCAUGUGUGAGAAGAUGCGGAUCCGAGUCGUCGACUGGGACCGCCUCACCCACAAUGACAUCGUGGCCACCACCUACCUGAGCAUGUCGAAAAUCUCCGCCCCUGGAGGAGAAAUUGAAGUGGAUGACCACCUGGGCUUCCUCCCCACCUUUGGGCCCUGCUAUGUCAACCUGUACGGCAGCCCCCGGGAGUUCACCGGCUUCCCGGACCCCUAUGCAGAGCUCAACACGGGCAAGGGGGAAGGCGUGGCUUACCGAGGCCGGCUCCUCCUCGCCCUGGAGACCAAGCUCGUGGAGCACAGCGAGCAGAAGGUGGAGGAUCUCCCGGCUGAUGACAUCCUCCGGGUGGAGAAGUACCUUCGGAGGCGCAAGUACUCGCUCUUUGCCGCCUUCUACUCGGCCACCAUGCUGCAGGACGUGGAUGCCGCCGUCCAGUUUGAGGUCAGCAUCGGCAACUACGGGAACAAGUUCGACACCAGCUGCCUGCCGCUGGCCUCCACCACGCAGUACAGCAGGGCGGUCUUUGAUGGCUGUCACUACUACUACUUGCCGUGGGGCAACGUGAAGCCCGUGGUGGUGCUAUCCUCCUACUGGGAGGACAUCAGCCACAGAAUCGAGGCUCAGAACCAGCUGCUCAGCAUUGCAGACCGGCUGGAAGCCAGCCUGGAGCACGUCCACCUGGCGCUGAAGGCACAGGGCUCCUUGGAGGACCUGGACGCCCUGGUGGCGCAGCUGAUGGAUGAGCUCAUCGCAGACUGCAGCCAGCCCCUCCGUAACGUCCAGGAGGUUCCCGCGGCCACUCACCUGGACCAGUACCUGUACCGCCUGCGCACCCGGCACCUGCGUCAGAUCACCGAGGCCGCCCUGGCCCUGAAACUGGGCCACGGGGAGCUGGGCCCUUUCCUGGAGCAGGCUGAGGACUGGCUCCUGCGCCUCCGUGCCCUGGCGGACGAGCCCCAGAACAGCCUGCCCGACAUCGUCAUCUGGAUGCUGCAGGGGGACAAGCGUGUGGCCUACCAGCGGGUGCCCGCACACGAGGUCCUAUUCUCCCGGCGAGGCGGCGGCUGCUGCGGCAAGAACUGUGGGAAGCUGCAGACCAUCUUCCUCAAGUACCCCAUGCAAGGGGCACCCGGUGCACGGAUGCCAGUGCAGAUCCGGGUGAAACUUUGGUUUGGGCUCUCAGUGGAUGAGAAGGAGUUCAACCAGUUUGCUGAGGGCAAGUUGUCGGUCUUUGCGGAAACCUAUGAGAAUCAGACCAAGCUGGCCCUGGUCGGGAACUGGGGCACCACGGGCCUCACCUACCCCAAGUUCUCAGAUAUCACGGGCAAGAUCAAGCUCCCCAAGGAGAGCUUCCGCCCAUCAACCGGCUGGACCUGGGCUGGAGACUGGUUCGUGUGUCCAGAGAAGACCCUGCUGCAUGACCCAGACGCCGGCCACCUGAGCUUCGUGGAGGAGGUGUUUGAGAACCAGACCCGGCUCCCGGGUGGCCAGUGGAUCUACAUGAGUGAUAACUACACAGACGUGAACGGGGAGAAGGUGCUCCCCAAGGACGACAUCGAGUGUCCCCUGGGCUGGAAGUGGGAAGAUGAAGAAUGGUCCACAGACCUCAAUCGGGCCGUCGAUGAGCAUGGCUGGGAGUACAGCAUCGCUGUUCCCCCUGACCGGAAGCCCCGGCACUGGGUCCCUGCUGAGAAGAUGUACUACACACACCGGCGUCGGCGCUGGGUUCGUCUGCGCAGGAGGGACCUCAGCCAGAUGGAGGCGCUCAAGAAGCACAGGCAGGCAGAAGCAGAAGGCGAGGGCUGGGAGUAUGCCUCCCUCUUUGGCUGGAAGUUCCACCUGGAGUACCGCAAGACGGAUGCGUUCCGCCGCCGCCGCUGGCGCCGCCGCAUGGAGCCACUGGAGAAGACGGGACCGGCAGCCGUGUUUGCGCUUGAGGGGGCGCUGGGGGGCAUGGUGGAUGACAGGAGUGAAGAUUCCAUGUCUGUCUCCACCCUGAGCUUCGGUGUGAAUAGACCUACGAUUUCCUGCAUCUUUGACUAUGGGAACCGCUACCAUCUCCGCUGCUACAUGUACCAGGCCCGAGACCUGCCUGCCAUGGACAAGGACUCUUUCUCUGACCCCUACGCCAUCGUCUCCUUCCUGCACCAGAGUCAGAAGACAGUAGUGGUGAAGAACACGCUGAACCCCACCUGGGACCAGACCCUCAUCUUCUAUGAGAUUGAGAUCUUUGGGGAGCCCGCCAGUGUGGCAGAGCAGCCGCCCAAUAUUGUGGUAGAGCUGUAUGACCACGACACCUAUGGUGCGGAUGAGUUUCUGGGACGCUGCAUCUGUCAGCCAAGCCUCGAUCGGAUGCCCCGGCUGGCCUGGUUCCCCCUCACCAGGGGUGGCCAGCCUGCUGGGGAGCUGCUGGCCUCCUUUGAGCUCAUCCAGAGGAAGAAGCCGGCCAUCCACCAUAUUCCUGGUUUUGAGGUGCAGGAUGCAUCAGGGAUCCUGGAAGAGUCGGAGGACACAGACCUGCCCUACCCACCACCCCAGAGGGACACCAACGUCUACAUGGUACCCCAGAACAUCAAGCCGGCUCUCCAGCGGAUGGCCAUUGAGAUCCUGGCAUGGGGCCUUCGGAACAUGAAGAGCUACCAGCUGGCCAGCGUCUCCUCCCCAAGCCUCGUGGUGGAGUGUGGGGGUCAGACGGUACAGUCCUGUGUCAUCAAGAACCUCCGGAAGAACCCCAACUUUGACAUCUGCACCCUCUUCAUGGAAGUGAUGCUGCCCCGGGAGGAGCUGUACUGCCCCCCCAUCGUGGUCAAGGUCAUUGACAACCGCCAGUUUGGCCGCCGGCCUGUAGUGGGCCAGUGCACCAUCCGCUGCCUGGAGAGUUUCCUGUGUGACCCCCACUCAGAGCAGAGCCCCUCCCCGCAGGGCGGCCCAGAUGAUGUGAGCUUGCUCAGUCCCGGGGAAGAUGUGCUCAUCGACAUUGAUGACAAGGAGCCCCUCAUCCCCCUGCAGCUUGCAGAUGGUCUGUCGGGCUCAGUCCCCACUAACACGGCAUCUCCUCCAUCCAGUCCUCAUGAGGAGGAGUUCAUUGACUGGUGGAGUAAAUUUUAUGCCUCCAUAGGCGAGAGGGAAAAGUGUGGCUCUUACUUGGAGAAAGACUAUGACACUCUAAAGGUCUAUGACACUCAACUGGAGAAUGUGGAGGCCUUUGAGGGUUUGUCGGACUUUUGCAACACCUUCAAGCUCUACCGAGGCAAGACUCAGGAGGAGACAGAGGACCCAUCUGUCAUUGGGGAAUUUAAGGGUCACUUCAAAAUUUAUCCCCUCCCAGAAGAUCCGUCCAUCCCCAUGCCCCCCAGACAGUUCCACCAGCUGGCCGCCCAGGGGCCCCAGGAGUGCCUGGUCCGCAUCUACAUCAUCCGAGCAUUUGGCCUGCAGCCCAAGGACCCCAAUGGGAAGUGUGACCCUUACAUCAAGAUCUCCAUUGGGAAGAAGACAGUGAGUGACCAGGACAACUACAUCCCCUGUACGCUGGAGCCUGAAUUUGGGAAGAUGUUCGAGCUUACCUGCACGCUGCCUCUGGAGAAGGACCUGAAGAUCGCCCUCUACGACUAUGACCUCCUCUCCAAGGAUGAGAAGAUUGGGGAGACGCUCAUUGACCUAGAGAACAGGCUGCUGUCCAAGUUUGGGGCUCGCUGUGGACUCCCGCAGACCUACUGUGUCUCUGGACCCAACCAGUGGCGAGACCAGCUGCGGCCAUCACAGCUCCUGCAUCUCCUGUGCCAACAGCGGCGCCUCAAGGCCCCCCUGUACAAGCCUGACUGCGUGGUGUUUCAGGAUAAAGAGUACACGAUUGGGGACAUUGAGGCUGGCAGGGCCCCCAACCCCCACCUGGGCCCCGUGGAGGAGCGCCUCGCCCUGCACGUGCUGCAACAGCAGGGGCUGGUUCCUGAGCACGUAGAGUCGCGGCCCCUCUACAGCCCCCUGCAGCCGGACAUCGAACAGGGGAAGCUGCAAAUGUGGAUUGACCUGUUUCCAAAGGCCCUAGGACGGCCUGGACCUCCCUUCAACAUCACCCCAAGGAGAGCCAAAAGGUUUUUCCUGCGCUGUAUAAUCUGGAACACCAAGGACGUGAUCCUGGACGACCUGAGCAUCACGGGGGAGAAGAUGAGUGACAUCUAUGUUAAGGGUUGGAUGGUUGGAUUUGAAGAGCACAAGCAAAAGACGGAUGUGCAUUACCGGUCUCUGGGCGGGGAAGGCAACUUUAACUGGAGGUUCAUUUUCCCCUUCGACUACCUGCCAGCUGAGCAAGUGUGUACUGUCUCCAAGAAGGAUGCUUUCUGGAGGCUGGACAAAACAGAGAGCAAAAUCCCAGCGCGUGUGGUGUUCCAGAUCUGGGACAACGACAAGUUCUCCUUUGACGACUUUCUGGGCUCCUUGCAGCUGGAUCUCAACCGCAUGCCCAAGCCAGCCAAGACAGCCGAAAAGUGCUCCUUGGACCAGCUGGAUGACAUUUUCCACCCUGAGUGGUUUGUGUCCCUUUUUGAGCAGAAAACUGUGAAGGGCUGGUGGCCCUGUGUGGCCGAGGAGGGUGAGAAGAAGAUCCUGGCGGGCAAGCUGGAGAUGACCUUGGAGAUAGUUGCUGAGGGUGAGCAUGAAGAGCGGCCCGCCGGCCAGGGCCGGGAUGAACCCAACAUGAACCCCAAACUUGAAGACCCCAGGCGCCCUGACACCUCCUUCCUCUGGUUCACAUCACCGUAUAAGACCAUGAAGUUUAUCCUAUGGCGGCGCUUCCGGUGUGCCAUCAUCCUCUUCAUCAUCCUCUUCAUCCUGUUGCUGUUCUUGUGCAUCUUCGUCUAUGCCUUCCCGAACUAUGCAGCCAUGAAGCUGGUGAAACCCUUCAGCUGAGGCUUUGCCGCUCCGGACCAGCUGCCUCUUCUGCCUGAGCUUCUCCAGAUCUCCAGACCCGAGUGUCCUGCCAGAGGAAUGGAGGUGCUCCAAAAGUCACCACACAAAGCCGGGGAUCCCCCUACCCUACCCCACUUCACCAUUUCUCUCUUCCCCAGCCCCGACCCUUUUGAGGUCACCCAUAUGUAUUUCCGUAUAA